CAACAUCGAAACUUUUGUCCAUUUAAUUUUAUAGUGAACGGUAUAUAGAGCGUGUUAUUUCAUACACGUUUAGCUUGAAUACAAGCACAGUGUAAAGUUGGAUUCUUUGCGAAGGCGCUGUCAUUCACGGCAUUUGGGUUUUUCCAUUUACAGGGCCAUGCAUAUAUCAUGUGCAAUUUGUGUUGUGAUGAUAUGAAAAGCAAACUAUGACGUGCAAACAGCGAUUCAGUUUGAUACUUGCAUUCUGUUAUAGUGCACUGCUAUUGAUGACAGAAAAUUGUCCACUUUCACACAAAAUUGUUGACGAUUGUGGAAACGUAGGAUUACUGUGGAACUGCAGUGGCUUAAACAUCUCCAAAUUACCAACAGCGAUACCAUCUGAGUUAGAAAAUGGCACUGUCACUCUAGAUUUAUCUUUUAAUCUGUUUUCUAACCUGACAGAAGAAACAUUUCAACAGAUAGCAGCCUAUUCCAAUGUGACUUCUGUCAUUCUUCAUCACAACUAUGUUACAAAGAUUGAGAACAAGACAUUUCGAAAACUGUCAAACUUAUGCAGUUUGGAUGUCUCGUUCACGCUUCUUGAAAAAAGUAAAAUUGAUGCAGACGCAUUUUCUAAUCUAGAUAACCUCAAGAUUCUUCGUAUCCACCGGAACAAUUUUCAAGGUUUAGGAUACCCAGAUAUACAGCUUUCCAAAAUUCAGUCACUUAAAUACCUAAAAAUUGACAUCUUUUCAGGUUUUACAUUUUCAAAACCGUUUGAAAAUCUAAAAAGUUUAGCUCAACUGGAAUUCGAAAUUAUCAAUGAUUUUGAACUAACAAAUGCAUCAUUUCAGGGCCUAAGAUUAUCUCCAAUCCACAGUAUAAACAUGGAAUUUAGUAAUUAUGUCAAUUGUGACGUACCAGAAGAUCUAUUUUGCUCGUUUCCAUACUUAAAUGAGAAAAUUAAGAUAGAUUUUGGCGGAAAAUGCAAUGUACAUACUGCAUUAAACUCCUUAAAAUGUUUGCAGAAUCGAACGAUUCAACACCUUGAUAUGCAAGGAAACAAAGAAAAUCUUGCAAUUGACAUAGUCAACUUAGAUAAUGAGUCAUUUCAAUACCUUGUCAAUAUCUGUGUCAGGGUGCUAUUUUUAGACAAUAACUCUAUUCACAAAAUUAUGACGAAUAUUAUGCACACAACGUUGUGGUCUUGUUUAAACAACUUAGGUCUGAGCAAUAAUGAUUUACAGUCUGUUGAUUCUUAUACGCUUGCAUCAUAUUUAACUCUCCCCUUGCUCCAAAACUUGGAUUUAUGUUGCAAUGUCCUAACACCUCGGAAUUUGGUUUCAAGAAGUAAUUAUCAAAAUGUACUUGCAACACACUAUGUAGGUUUCUCUGUAAACCUAACUCUACCACGGAAUCUUAGAUUUUUUGACUAUUCCAAUAAUUACAUUCACCCCCUUCCUUAUGAAUUGAUCAAGGAUGUUACAAUUAUUGCUGAAAACCUAGAAGAAAUGCGUCUUGCAAAAACUAAUUUCCCUCUUAGGUUAAAAAGCGUAUUAAGCUUUCCUUCCUUAAAAAUUCUUGAUUUAUCUGAAAAUGAUUUUUCAAAUAUCAAUCCUUAUGUAUUUCAGGGAGUGAAGAAUAUUCGGCAAUUACGUGCAGUGAAUGUCCGUUUAAAUUUCAGUGUGGUUUCUGAAAAUCUGUUUAAAAAUCUAAAACACCUGACAAAUCUUGAUAUUUCACAAAACAGCUUAACUUUUUUACCACAGAGUUUACUGAGCGACCAAAAGCAAUCUUUAGAGAAACUUUAUUUAGACCAUAAUAUGUUUUCUUCCCUUUCAAGUUCUCUUAAGCAGUUAACAAAUCUAAAGUUUCUUUAUGUACGAUACAAUUUGAUAUCGAACAUCAACAAGGAAGACCAAAAAUUAUUUGAAUCAUUGACCGAUAUUUUAAUAUAUCUAGAGGGAAAUCCGAUUUCAUGCACAUGCUCAAAAAUUCAGUCUUUGAAAUGGAUGAAAGAUCACCAAUACUUAUUUGCGGAUCUUUUUAAUACUAAAUGUGUGGGGAGUAAAAACGCUACUGAUGAUUUAUUCAACGAAUCGAAUUGGCGGAAAUUUGAACUUGAUUGUCAGGCCACCGAGUGGCUAAUUUUUUCUAUUGUAUUGAUAGUAUCAACAUUGAUAACAUUCAUCAUAAUAGCUGCUAUUAAAAAAUACCACGUUCAUUUGGAAUAUGUUAUUCUAAGAUUAAAACAAAGGUUGAUUCCUGUAGGCGAUCACGUUUGCGAAGAAGGUGAUUUUCAGCAUGAUGUGUACAUUUCCUAUAAUGAUGAUGACACCUCUUGGGUUGCAAACAAUUUAAAUCCAAAAUUAGAAAGUUUAAACAUUAAAGCAUGGUUUAAAGUCAGAGAUUCCAUUCCAGGAGUUUCGCAAUCGGAAGAAAUAAUUAAAUGUAUCAACGAAAGUAGGAAAGUGAUGUUUAUUAUAAGCGAGAGUUUUCUAGACAUUGGAUGGUCCUCCUAUGCUGUUCAAAUGGCCAUAACGCAUGCAUUUCAUAACCAACGUCAGAGAUCAAUCGUGGUUAUAAUUAAAGAUGGACUUCCUCUAGAAAGACUUCCGAAGGAAUUCAAACACAUAUGGUGGUGUAUUGAGCAUCUUAGAUGGCCGGAAGAUGAAACAAAUGACGAAACGUUACUCUUGAAUUUAUCUAAUGUUUUAGUAUCUGAAUAAAUAUUUUCUGUGUCUUAGCAUAUGUUUAUUUUCCUAUUAUCGCUGUUAGUUUAUUAAUUAAUAUAUUCUUGUAUGUUUUUAAUUGAACUUUUAAGUAUUUAAAUAUUAUAAUUGGCAAAAUAGUUAGAUAUAUAAUUGCAUUGUAUAUAUUCCUUCCUGAAAAAGUUGUGAUGUAGUUUUCUAAAGUUGGUAAAUUAUAAAAGUGUUGUUCUUAGAUAAAGGAAUAUUAAAAAGAGAACACAGAUGAUGAAUGUUACAAACAUUGAAAUAUCACUUUCCUAUUAUUAUCAAACAGAUAAUAAUUCCAAUUUUUUCAUUUGCAAAAACGUUUCUAUUGACAGUCUUUUGGUUAUAGAUUUCUUAAUGAUAUUUGCAUUGAGCCUUGAUGUCUUUAUUUUCCUUUGCGGGAUAUAUAUUUUUGUAAAUAGGAUAAAAUAGAUAAUUUUUUUCAACUAU